AGUACAUGGUGGUAGAUUUGCCUAAAAUUAAUAUUUACUUGAUGAAACAAAAUGAAUCUCCAAAACGUGCAAAAUUAAAAACUUUGGCCUGCCUCUGAAAUAUGAGAAAAAAACGUGAAAUAAGGGAGGAGAGAUUGAAAUUAAUAGACAGUUUGUUGAAACAUGAAAAGAACAUGAUUGAACUGCCACCCUUUGCAAGCAAAAAAAUUCAUCACAUCAUCUAAUAAAUGCCAUCCAUAGCAUCUAAUUAACUAGUGCUAGUUAUAUAUCAAUUCCAUUUCAAUAUCUUGAUAAAUUAUUGACAUUUUUUUUUCAACCAAUCCUCUUAGUGAUCCUAAUGAUUGUUACCGUCAUAUUCGGCAGAACAUAACAAGAUCAGAAAGCGAUACGGUGUAGAAGAAGAAGGUGAAAUUGUGUAUUAAUUAAUUGUGGGGGGUAAUGGUGUCAAUAUUUUCAGCCUUGCAGCUCAACAGCGAGAACAAUAGUAAUAAGAAAAUGAGAGUGAAAUCAGUUUCAGGAAAGGUUAUCUUUGCACUAUGUAUUGCGAGCUUUCUUGCAGGAACACUUUUUACUACACAGACAAGGCCACAACACACUUCUGACCAUCAGCAUCACCUGAUCCUCAAACCCGAUUCAGAUGCAGAUGCUGCUACUACACAUGCACAUGAUUGUGACCACAAGCGUAAAUUGGCUGAAAAGAAUCCAAGAGACAUUAUGGGGGAAGUGGUGAAGACGCACCAAGCUAUCCAAUCGCUAGAUAAAACAAUAUCAACACUGGAGAUGGAGUUGGCUGCUGCAAGGACAAGCAAUAAGAUGGCAAGAGCAUCGACGGUCAAUCACAAUAGCAGCCUUGAGAAAGUUUUUGUAGUGAUAGGGAUUAAUACAGCAUUCAGCAGCAAGAGACGAAGAGAGUCUGUUAGAGAAACAUGGAUGCUGAAAGGAGAGGAAUUGAAAAGGUUGGAGAAGGAGAAAGGAGUAGUGAUGCGAUUUGUGAUAGGGCACAGUGCAACACCUGGUGGAGUUCUUGACAGAGCAAUCGAUGCUGAGGAUGCGCAGCACAGAGACUUUCUUAGGCUGAACCACAUAGAAGGCUACCACCAGCUUUCUACUAAAACUCGUUUGUUUUUCUCAACAGCUGUCUCUAUCUGGGAUGCAGACUUCUAUGUUAAAGUUGAUGAUGAUGUUCAUCUCAAUUUGGGCAUGCUAGUGAGCACGCUGGCAAAGCACAGAUCAAAGCCAAGGAUUUAUAUUGGGUGCAUGAAGUCUGGACCGGUCCUUUCUCAGAAGGGGGAGAAAUAUCAGGAGCCAGAGUACUGGAAAUUUGGGGAACAAGGUAACAAAUAUUUCAGGCAUGCCACUGGUCAAAUCUAUGCAAUCUCAAAGGACCUCGCCACUUAUAUUUCCAUCAAUGCGGGCAUAUUGCACCGAUAUGCAAAUGAGGAUGUAUCGUUGGGCUCAUGGUUGAUUGGAUUGGAAGUUCAACAUGUAGACGACCAUUCUAUGUGUUGUGGAACGCCUCCAGAUUGUGAGUUUAAAUCGAAUGCUGGAAACCUUUGUGUGGCGUCGUUUGAUUGGCAAUGCAGUGGGAUAUGCAAAUCUGUGGAGAGGAUGAAAAAAGUGCACAAUGCCUGUGGAGAAGGCGAUGCAGCUAUUUGGAACGUUCAUCUCUGAUUUUUAAUUACAUAUUUUUGUAUGACGACCUCGCUCAUAAAUAACGAGACCAACCACUCCGCUAUUUAUCCAAAUGUUGUGUUGGGCAUCUAUACAAAGAUUGCAUAGUUCAAAAUUAAAAAGAACCUCAAUAAUAUUGAUUAUUACAGGGAUUAAUAGUUAUAUUGUGUGAAAAGAAAAUGUAAGAACAUAUUUUCUCAGUUUGGAAUACAACUCGGUCUUUAAUCCAAGAUUCACACUUAGAGAUUCCACUAAGGAAUCCACCAACACCACCAAGUACUACAUAAACCAACAUAAAGAAACACAAAUUCAAGCACACACACUCACCAAAUAGUCUCAAAUCUCACACAACAGAAGGAUUUUGAGUUUACGUUGAGUUUAGGUUAUUUAUCAGUGUCUUAACUGCCUUCAUUCUGUUCUACUUAGGUCAAAGGUAGCCAGCGAAGAUACCACUUGAGGGUCAAAGUCAGCCGUGUACGACGGCAUUUGACCCUAGAGCAUUACAGAGGAAGAAGGCGAAAAGA